GCACGUCCGUUCUUUGUUGACGAAAACAAGGGGAGUCCUCGUUAAUCCGAGGUAACUAGAACGCGGCAUAAAAAGAGGUGGACUGUCGCCAUAGUAACAGGCGUCUGAGCAGAGGGCAAUUUAGGAUCUUAUCUGGUUGCCUUGGACUACUUUUCUUUUGCCAUGUAUUGUAUUGUUGACCAGAUUGGAUUGUAAUUAGAAGAUUAUCGUAUGAUAAUGUUGGCACAGAAGUUAUUGUUGCAACUUUGACCAAGUUGGCGCUACUUGCUAACGACAAGUGCUCAACGAAGCCAAGCUAGCUGGAUGACGCACGACUAUGUCCAGUAGUAAGCUCCCGCCGGUGCGCAACCUGCCACGGUGGAGCCGAGUCGGGCGUCUUGGUGUGCCAGGGUCUUCUCGACGUUUACCGGGGAACCGACUCCAGCCGUUGCCUGCCCUCCCCCCGGGGGACCGAGAGGGAUUGAGGUCGACUGCGAGGUCAACGGUGGGGUCGAGUCACGUUGACACGGACAGCCGCGUCGCAUCUCUGCAGAGGAACAUCGAGUUUCUGGAGCAACAACACAAAGAAACUCUCCAGAAACUUCACGAAGAAGUGGAUUUACUCCGAAGGGAGAAUAAAGACUUAAAGUACAAGAUGAUUAUGGAUGCACCCAAGCAAAGUAGGAAAGUUCUGAAACAUAGCCAAGUAGGUGUUGGACCUGUCGUUCGAGGGAGAGAACCCACACAGAACCAAAUGCUAAGAAACAUGGGAGACUAUGCCGAGGUUCACGGACCCUACAGAGCAAAUCGCGGGUGCGAGUAUUCAGGGGGUCUCGGCAACUCGCUGCAGCCUCUACAAGUCCGCAACGGUCUGUCUAAUCCACCGCGUGCGUCCACCCUGAGGGAAUGUGAGCUCAUCAUCCGUCAGCUGUACAAUACCAACAGUUUACAGUCCCAGGAAAUUGUGCGCUACAAGGAGUUGCUGAAAGAUAUUGUGCUCAACAAGAGAAUCACCCCCGAAAACUACAACCUGACCAAAGCCUUCCUUGUGGAUGGUAUUUGCAAAUCCUCUGACAACACAUUUCCGAAACUGGAUCUGCGAAAAGGAAAAACGACCGGCGUUACCCUGCCGGCGCUCACGCAGGGCCUCAGCUCAUCCGUGGCGGAGCGCCAGAGACGGAAUCGCGCCGUGCACAGAAGCCACGUCAAGGGCACGGUGCGGUGAGAUGAUCCAGAUGCUCACCUCUCGGCAGCAA